AUGAUAAGUUUAAAUGAUGAAAGUAAUGUUAAUGUUAAAAAAGAUGAAGAUGAAGAAGAAGAGGAUGAGGGUAAACAAGAAUCAAUGGAUAAAUCUCCAGCUCCAGUCACGCCUAAAAUGUUAAUAAAAGCUCUUAAACAUUUACGUAAAAAAGUAUUCAAAGGUUUAUUUUUCACACCGAGAGAAGUUACAAUAGAAGUUUCCAGAUUAUACACAACGGUCGAACAAGAUUUACAAUUGCUUCUUUUGGAAGUAUCAGAUAAACUUAUAUGUGCGGCUGCUGCCGGAUUAAUUGGUGGUAAAAACGAUGGCGGUUAUUAUGCGUUUAAUUUGAGGCAAAGUGGUACUCGCGAUGAAACAAGAACUUGUUAA